CUCGUCCAUCGUUAGGCCUUUGCAGUAGGGAGUUGUUUGGUGGAUCCCGCAAGUUUUUCUUUACUUUACAUGUUAUUGUUGUUUCUCCAAGGAAGGCCAAACUCUUUAUUUUCAUCUACACUUGCCUCCUUGUUCCCUCGGUGUCUCGGCGGACUUUAAAAACAACGUGUUUUGGGGGCGUGGUACACAACUAGAGAGCCAAAGACUCGGACUGACCACGGCCGAGCUCAUGAUGCCGACGUUGCGGGACAGCACCAUGUCCCACCCGGGCGAGAACUCACACCAAGUCCGGGUGAAAGCGUAUUAUAAAGGGGACAUCAUGAUCACUCAUUUUGAGCCGUCCAUCUCGUACGAGGGUCUGUACGGGGAGGUGAAGGACAUGUGCUCCAUGGACAACGACCAGCUCUUCACCAUGAAGUGGAUCGACGAGGAAGGUGACCCCUGCACCGUGUCGUCUCAGCUGGAGUUGGAAGAAGCGCUGCGUCUCUAUGAACUCAACAAAGACUCGGAGCUCAUUAUCCACGUGUUCCCGUGUAUACCAGAGAAACCUGGCAUGCCGUGUCCGGGAGAAGACAAGUCUAUAUAUCGGCGUGGAGCGAGGCGCUGGAGGAAGCUUUACUAUGCCAGCGGUCACGCCUUUCAGGCCAAGCGCUUCAACAGGCGAGCCCAUUGUGCCAUCUGCACCGACCGUAUCUGGGGUCUGGGAAGACAAGGCUACAAAUGCAUCAACUGCAAACUGCUGGUGCACAAGAAGUGUCAUAAACUGGUCACAGUGGAGUGUGGCAGACAGAUGAUCCAGGAACCAAUCAUGCCCGGCGCGCCGUCGAGUCAAUUAGACCAAACUGAAGAGCCAGACCCUCACAAUAGAGACUCCAGAGAAAGCUUGCCUUACGAUGGCGAAGAGAAAGAGGCGCGGAGCAGUAGAGACACGGGGAAGUCGCCCUCCAGCCUGGGCCUGGCAGACUUUGAUCUGCUGAGGGUGAUCGGCCGAGGCAGCUACGCCAAGGUGCUGCUGGUGCAGCUGAAGAAGACGGAGCGCAUCUACGCCAUGAAGGUGGUGAAGAAGGAGCUGGUCAAUGACGACGAGGACAUCGACUGGGUCCAAACAGAAAAGCACGUUUUUGAGCAGGCCUCCAAUCACCCCUUCCUGGUCGGCCUCCAUUCCUGUUUCCAGACAGAAAGCAGACUGUUCUUUGUUAUUGAAUAUGUGAACGGUGGAGAUCUAAUGUUCCACAUGCAGAGACAAAGGAAACUCCCAGAAGAACACGCCAGAUUCUACUCCGCAGAGAUCAGUCUGGCGCUCAACUACCUCCACGAACGGGGAAUCAUCUACAGAGAUCUGAAGCUCGACAACGUGCUGCUGGACUCCGAAGGACACAUCAAACUGACAGACUACGGCAUGUGCAAGGAGGGCUUGAGACCCGGCGAUACAACAAGCACGUUCUGUGGUACACCCAAUUACAUCGCCCCCGAAAUACUUAGAGGAGAGGAUUAUGGGUUCAGUGUGGACUGGUGGGCGCUGGGCGUGCUGAUGUUUGAGAUGAUGGCGGGCCGGUCGCCCUUCGAUAUUGUCGGGAGCUCUGACAACCCAGACCAGAACACAGAAGACUACCUCUUCCAAGUAAUAUUGGAAAAACAGAUCCGAAUCCCCCGCUCGUUGUCAGUCAAAGCCGCCAGCGUCCUCAAGGGCUUCCUCAACAAGGAUCCCAAGGAGCGUCUAGGCUGCCACCCUCAGACGGGCUUUGCCGACAUCAUGGGCCAUCCGUUCUUCAGGAACGUGGAUUGGGACCUUCUGGAGCAGAAGCAGGUGGUCCCUCCUUUCAAGCCCAACAUCUCAGGGGAAUUCGGAUUGGACAACUUUGACGCCCAGUUCACCAACGAGCCCAUCCAGCUCACGCCUGACGACGACGAUGUGGUCAAGAAGAUCGACCAGUCCGAGUUUGAAGGAUUCGAGUACAUCAACCCACUCCUGAUGUCGGCGGAGGAGUGUGUGUGAGGGGGACGUGACAUCUGUGCUUAUACAUAUAUACACACACACACACACACACACACACACACACACACACACUCAUGCACAUGUUAUGUGGCGUCUCAGUGUCUUCAAGCUGCAUGGUUACGAGACAACCUGGCGACAUCAACCUUCUAUUCGAGGGCCGCACAUGCACAGUAGAACGCUUAUUUGCCAAAACCAGUCUCACACUCUGCCAUUUAUAACCACUUGCCCUUAAGCCUACCUUCUUCUUUUUUUUUUUCAUUAUUUUUAUAUCAUGUAAAUCUGCACUGAUAUUGAUUUUCUCAUCGGGGCCUCUUUAUCGGUAGCCAUCGAGGCUACAAAGUUCUUCCACGGUCGCUGUAUGUCGGGGGAUGAGGCACAGCCCCCAACAGAUGAACUGAACAUCCUCUCCUUCCAGCUGGUGGGGUGUUUUCAAUGCAUAUUUUAUUUGUACAUAUAUGAAUCUUCUAUAAAUAUUAGACAAGGCCUUUUUAGCUUCAAGCCACAGUCGGACAAAACUGACAACUUAAUCACCUUAAAGACAUUUUGGAUUCAGCUUUGUCGCAACUCCCCUACUGUAGACGAAAGAAGAACCAUAACACUAGCCUUUAAAAAAAAAAAGAAAAAGAAAAAAAAAAGAUACAAAUCUAUAUAUUUUUCUCAUGUUUUAUGUAACAUCAUUAUAUAUGUUGUUCUAAUGUGUUGCAUGUCCAGCCAGAGUAACAACCAAACGGUUCAGGCUUUGUUGUUUUUAGAUGAAAACACAUCUGGAAACCAGAAGGUGUCUGCUUCUAGUCCCUUCUCCCCAGAAUGAAGGAACGUAUUCAGCAGAAUCCAACCAACGCUAACAAUGAGUCGAUACUCUCAAACUGUGAAUGAAAGAGCCCGCUGUGCAGGGAAACGGGCCGAAAGAGAAGCACAUCAUACCUGAACGCUGGAGCACAGGUUACCUUUUACUGUGCAGACCAUCCAUGAAAUAUACACUCGCACACAGGACCAAAAAAAAACUUUUAUUUUAAAUGUCUUGCUGGUACGAAUUAGAAGGUACAGUAUACAUGAGGAGAUGUGCUGUCCCAGGUCAGAGAAUUUAUAUAUUCAGAUCUUUUUUGCUCAUUUUUAAUACUAUGCUUUUCUGAGACGAAUGGUCUGUCACCUUUUCUUUCUUUUUUUUUGUACUUCAUUCCAUGUAUGUCUUUCAUUGUAAAUCAAAAAUACUGAUUGUUGAAACGAGAGCUGGGUCAGAAGCGAGGACACGGUGCUUCCUGUAAACUGUGUCUGCUGUGCUUCAUUUUUACCAUAUGUACCAUUCCCUAAAUUAGAUAUAUUGUGCAACUGAUUUAAAGUAUAUAAAUGCUACGUAGAGCCGUUCUCUACCCCCGGACUGUAACGACACUAAGUGAUGGUGAGUGAACCUCCGGACUGUGAAGCGUCUCACUUCUUGGAAACUGUUUUUGGCCUCACGUGGUGACCAGAGGAGCUCAUUCAUCUGUUACACAUGUUACUUUAGCUGUUUUUUUUUUUGUUACUUUUUUUUGUGAAUCAGAUUUCAUUUUGAAUCUUUUUCUUUUUUUUAAAAUCACUACAUUGAUUCCAAAAUGUUACUGGGUGAACUGAAUGAAAACACUAUUUGUUGUGUUUUGGUGACGUUUGCCACCCAGAGGACUCUGCUGACAUGUAUUAUUAGUGUGCAAAGAAAAAACACGGUAAAAUAAACAUUUUAUUUCUCUCCUUGUGGUAAUAUGUGCUUGUGUCAGUGUGGGUCUGUCACUCACUUAAAGGGGGCACGCCGCUGAUUUUACAUUCAGUGCGUUCAUUAUGAAGAGUGCUGUUUGGCCCAUUUAAACAACUGUUGAGUGUCAUGAUGUCAUAGUGAUGUCAUUAUGGCUAUCUUGAGUUAGACUUCAGUCGUCAAAUAUUUGACAAGAAAAGCCCUGCCACAAACUAGGGACACAAGUUAAGAGGCUGUUGUAUUGCAUUGUGGGAAAUGUAUUUGUUGGAGCUUGACCCACACUAGGGAUCAAAAGUGAGGAUAGCUGCGCCAAUUUUUACCGUUUAUAUUUUAAUCUGCAACAUUAUGUCAGUGCAAUAAAUGGCUAAGUAAA